AUGCUGAACGCACGUGCAGCCCUGUGCACUUUUUCUGUGCUAUCUCUUACAGUGGUAGCGGAUCUUAAAACACGCAAUUGCAGCGAUGUCCGGGAGGCUUACAUUGCCGCAGGCUUCAGUGUUGUGAAUAUCCCAUUCCAGGAGAUAUCAGGAGAACAUCUCCGUAUCUGCUCCCAGGAAAAGACCUGCUGUAAUACUGAAAUGGAAGACAACUUCAGUCAGCGGAGUAAAAGAGAAUUUGAAAAACUGAUUGACGAUACAAGUGAAGAAUUACGAGACACCUUUGUAUCCAGGCAUAAAAGAUUUGAUGAAUUUUUUCUGGAGCUGCUGGAGAACACAGAGAGGUCCCUAAAUGAGAUGUUUGUGAAAACCUAUGGAAAACCCUACAUGCAAAACGCAGAGGUGUUUCAGAGCCUGUUUACUGAACUCAAACGCUAUUACACGGGAGGAAACGUUAACUUGGAGGAAAUGCUCAAUGACUUUUGGACACGACUGUUGGAACGCAUGUUCCAGUUGUUAAAUUCUCAGUACAUCAUCACUGAGGAAUAUCUGGAAUGUAUCAGCAAGUACAUGGAUCAGCUCAAGCCCUUUGGAGACGUGCCCAGGAAACUUAAGUCUCAGGUUACCCGGGCCUUUAUCGCCGCACGAACGUUUGUCCAGGGGCUCAUGGUCGGCCGUGAGGUGGCAAACCGUGUGUCCAAGGUCAGCAUGAGUCCUUCAUGCAUACGAGCAGUGACCAAAAUGCUCUAUUGCUCGUACUGCCAAGGUCUGCCUGAGCUCAAACCCUGUAAGAACUACUGUCUGAAUGUGAUGAAAGGCUGCCUUGCCAACCAAGCUGACCUGGACCCAGAGUGGAAUCAGUACAUUGAUGCUAUGUUGCUAGUGACAGAGCGGCUAGAGGGUCCGUUUAACAUCGAGGCGGUGAUGGAGCCAAUCGAUGUAAAGAUAUCAGAGGCCAUCAUGAAUAUGCAAGACAACACCAUGCAAAUCUCCCAUCAGGUUUUUCAAGGAUGCGGACAACCCAAGCCCUCAGGAAUGAGCAGGGCUGCCCGCGGUGUUUCGGACACGUUCAAUGCCCGCUUCAGGCCCUACAACCCUGAGGAACCACCCACUACUGCUGCCCGCACCAGCCUGGACAGACUGAGGAUUGUCUGGAGGACUAUGCAACACAGUGUGAUUGACAUCAAGGACAAACUCAAGCAGUUUAAGAAGUUCUGGCUGCUUCUGCCUGAGGGGGUGUGUCAGGGUGAACAUGUGGCCAAUGAGAUCAGUGAAGAGGACUGCUGGAAUGGGCAGACGAAGGGAAGGUACAUUCCAGAGGUUUCAAAAGAUGGUUUGACCAACCAGAUGAAUAACCCAGAGGUUGGUGUUGACAUCACUCGACCUGAUACCUUUGUGCGGCAGCAGAUCAUGGCUCUAAGAGUGAUGACCAACAAGCUGAAAGGCGCCUACAAUGGCAAUGAUAUCUACUUUGAAGACUCAAGUGAUGAGGGCAGUGGUUCUGGGAGCGGCAGUGGGAGUUGUACUGAUGCGUGUGUAACAGCAGAGAUGGAUUUCAGUACCACAGUAGUUCCAGUGCUUGAGGCAGACAGGAGUGAUGAACAUUCAUCCGCCUCCAUCCUCCAUCCCUUCACGGCACUGCUAGCUACUCUCAUUCUGUCUGUCCUGGCACUGCAUAACCACUGGAGAUAG